AGUUCCGCAGUUGAAAUACUUAUUACGGCAAAGCCCCUCGUCCAUCAGUGCGACACAUCGACGCGAUAAUGCAUAACACGAACGUUCUGCUCGCUUUCGCAGCCACGGCCAUUUGCGCUGUUCGGGGACAAGGUCUCGGUCUGGACAACAACGAUGUACCACCAGAGUGCCGCUCGAUAUGCCAGCCGGUCGUAGAUGUAGAGGCGUCAUGCGACAACCAAUUCGACGAUGAUGCCCAGCAGUACCGCAAUUGCGUGUGCCAGAACCAGAGCGCGUCCCAGGCUCUUCCAGCUUGCGACCAAUGUGCAGCGCAAUACCCCAACUUCUUCAUUGACCGAAACGACGACGAUGGCCCAGAUAUCGACGACAACGAAAUUUCUGCAUGGGCCCGAAUUUGUGGCCUGCCCGCGAUCCAGCCCAAUGGCACCGGUCCAAUGUCUAGUGGCGUCCGCCCGCCCGCCAGCUUCACUACAUCCAUGAUGACCACCACGCAGAUCUACGACUGCGACGACCCAGAUGAUAUCAUUAACCCUACUGGAACUGGCCGAGGAGACAGAGAUGAUCCACGAUGCACUCGUACCACCGUGGUUCCAGUCGUCGGCGUCGUUGCUCCUAUGACCACCGGUCCUUCGGGUCCAGCACCGACAGUAGUGUCUGUCUCUUACACUACCUCGACCGGGACGAACGCGGCUGGCAGCCCGGCUGUCUUCACUUCUGCUGUCUCGACCUAUACUGGUACUGGUGGUGCAGCACUCCCAACCGCUGCUGCGGGAUAUUUUGGCGCUGGUGCAGCGGCGCUUCUUGCAGCCUUCGCCUUGUAGACGUCGACUUUUGGUGGACUUUCUUUGCAAGAGCGGGAGCUCUCAUACGACCCUCUCGAGAUGAAUAACGGCAGUUGCGAUGAUAUCCUGUGCGUGCUUUAGCAGAAAUAUAUAGCCAUACUGAAUAAUUCAGUGUCAAAUCAGUUUG